AUGGCCUCUCCUCUUCUCCCAACUUCAACUCCAACUCCUGAUCAACAUCUUCCCGGCGGCGAUCCACAGUUGCUGAGCACUCUACGCGUCCUUGUUUCUCGCGUUCUAGCCACCGUUCGUCACGCUUCCGCCGAUGCUCGCCCCUGGAUGGAGCUCGUUGACCGGUCAGCGUUUUCCCGGCCGCCAUCGCUCUCUGAGGCGGCGUCGCGAGUGAGGAAGAACUUUUCCUACUUCAGAGCAAACUACAUAACCUUAGUGGCAAUCUUGCUCGCAGCGUCUCUCCUCUCGCACCCUUUCGCUCUCUUCCUCCUCGCAUCGCUCGCCGCUUCUUGGCUUUUCCUCUACGUUUUCCGUCCGUCAGAUCAGCCGCUGGUCAUCGGUGGACGCACUUUCUCCGACCUUGAGACGCUAGGGAUGCUCUGUCUUUGUACUGUGGUGGUCAUGUUCAUGACCAGCGUUGGAUCGCUCUUGAUGUCGACGCUGGCACUUGGGAUGAUGGCUGUAGCCAUCCACGGCGCGUUUCGUGCUCCUGAAGAUCUCUUUCUUGAGGAACAGGAAGCCAUUGGAUCUGGUCUUUUCACUUUCUUCAACCAAACCGCCUCAAACGCAGCUGCAGCUGCCAUAACAAACUCUACAAUGUCGCGCGUUCGAGCCUGA